AUGCCAUCAAGUGAUAAUUUGUCAUCAAAUAGAACACGGCAAAAUUCAAGUACUUUGGCCGAUUAUUAUGUAACUAUUACCACUGGUAAAAGAAUGGCUUAUUCAUCUGAUGACAUGAAAACAGAGCAAAAAAAAAUAUUUUUUAAUAUUUUAGACGUAAUAUAUUUCGAAAUGAACCGGCGUUUUAAUACAAAUGAUGAUAUGUAUGCAACUUUAGAAGCUUUAGAUCAAAAUGCAUCAACCUUUUUAGACAGUGAAAUAAUUUGUCGUUAUGCUGAAACAUUUCCAUUUUAUCGAUCAAAUAAAUUUAUUACCAAAUUAAAAUGCCAAUAUCAACUGGGAAAAACCUUACUUUUAUCUGUUUCAGAUAUUUUUGAAUUAUAUCAAGAAGUAAAAAAAAUACAAAGUUGGAUUUGA